AUGUCUUCAUCAGAAUUUCAAUUGGUUCUUCGAAAGAUCACCGAGUUCAGUCAGCAUUACCAUCAGUCUCAGGGCCUCCAUAACCCGUCGGUCAAUGGAGAUGCCUCCUCGGCCGGUUCGAAGCACGACUUCCCGGUCUUGGCCGACUUAAAAACGACGAUUCGAGUUCUUGCCGACGAGAAUGUCAGCGUGCCGAUUCAGUUUGCCGGUCUGCUCACCGCACUAAGCGUUUCUGGUCUCGAUAGGAACGAACGAGUGAUCCAGACGUUCGUGCAAGAGAUACUAUCUCAAUGGAACCUCGGCGCAGGUCUGGUCGAUCAGCGACCAGCCGAACACGAUCCUGCCGCAAACCCGAUCUGCGAUAUCGUUGGUACCGGUGGCGACGGCUUCAAUACCUUCAACGUCAGUACAACCGCUGCUAUCGUGGCCGCUGGUGCAGGUGUCAAAGUUUGUAAACACGGUAACCGAGCCGCUUCCUCGGCUUCGGGUUCAGCCGACUUGUUGAUGGCUCUCGGAAUACCUCUUGAUCGUCUUGACCCCCCUCAGGUGGCUCAGCUCAUCCAAGACCCGGAAUUAGACUUCGCCUUCUUGUUUUCUGCCAAGUUCUAUCCAAUCUUUGCACGUCUGUCUCCGAUCCGCAAAACGCUCGGCUUCCCGACCAUCUUCAACCUUCUUGGGCCUCUCCUCAAUCCUGUUCGGCCGGAUAGACUUAUCAUCGGUGUCACCAAACCUGAGCUUGGCCCAAUCUUCUGCAGGGUUCUCCACCUUUGUGGAAGUGCUAAAUCUUGGGUGGUGUGUAGCGAGGAAGGUCUUGACGAGAUCAGCACUGCGGGAGAGACUUCUCUCUGGAGGCUCGAGUCAGACGGAUCGAUCACUCACGAACGACUCUCGCCCACUCAAACUUUUGGUCUUCCUUGUCACUCUCUCGAUCUAUUAACUGGCGAGUCGGCUCAAGAAAACCUUCACAUGCUUCAUGACCUUCUUGACGGUAACUUCAAAACUGAGAAGCACAAGGCCAUCCUGGAUUUCGUGCUUAUGAACGCUUCGGCUCUCAUAGUCUUGUCCGGUAAGACCGACGAUUUCAAGGAAGGUGUUAAAUUGGCAAGGGACAGUCUGGUGUCCGGAAAGGCCAAGGCUACAAUCAACUCUUUCAAAGAAAAGGCGCUUUCGAUUGUGCCUCAUAGCUCGCAAGCAUAA